AUACCUCCCGACUCCCGAUCUCCGCCGACUUGACAACAAUGGCUUCUCCCGCGCACCCGCACCCGCACCCGCACCCGCCACCGCACCGUCCCCGCCUCCGCUUGCGGCGGUCUCUCCGCGCGCCGCCGACGCGGCUGCCUCUUCCCUCUUUCUACUCCGGCCGUCCCUUGGCGGUCCAGGUGUCCCAAUUCAGAAGCAUAACCUCAAGAACGGCACGGAGGCGUAAUCCGGUUCAAAUCACCACGGCAUUUGAUGAUGAUCCCGGGGACUUCUCGUUGGUGCAUGAUGAUGGAGAGGAGGAUUUUGGCAUUGCUCCAUAUUCAAGUGAGAGUGAAUGGAGUGAUGAGGAUGUUGUGUUGACCGCAUUUGGGGAUGUUGAAUUACCGGUGACCGGCAAGAGCCGUGCUGAGGGUGCCUUGACUGUUGUUGCCCAUAGGUUCGCCACCAUUGACAAAGGGCAUAAGAAGAGCAGAACUCAACAAGGGCUGAUGAAUAAUGUUGGACUGGUUGCUUUCUUAGUGAUGUUACUUUUCUUUGUCGACUGGUGUUCUUGGAAGAUUGUUAGACUACCGCUGGACUCUUUUUACUUGACACGCCCUUUUUUAAUAUCAGCAGUUUUAUCAGCACUUGCUGGAUUUCUGUUUGCACCAGUCGCUGAUAGCUUGAAGAUCCAACGUUUCCGGAGGAGAGGGAAGUCUGUUUCUCCCUCAAGUAGAAAGCCAACCCCAGCAAUGGGAGGAUUGUUCUUUGUUCCUAUUGGUAUUUUUGUUGCAAGAAGAGAGGUUGGUUCCAAUUCAAAUGGAGUUAAUGGAGCAGCUAUGAUUACCCUCAUAUUUGCAAUGCUUGGGUUGCUUGAUGAUAUUUCAAGUCUUGCCACAGAUCGCAAUUGUAAAAUACCACAAUGGAUAAGGUUCUUGGUUCAGAUUGUUGCUGGGAUUUACUUCUCUAUCUGGUUGGGUUCUGCAGAUAUUUCGACACCAUAUAGCAUGAAAUUUUUGGUUCCUCUGCCUCCACCUCUUGGCCUUGCAUUCAUUGGAAAAGUUUAUUUGGUUCUGGCUGCUACAUGUUCUCUUUCCAUGGGAACAGCAGUAACAUUGGUUGAUGGUCUUGAUGGCUUGGCUGGUGGUAUUGCUGCUUUAGCACUCAUAGGACUGUCUGUUGCUGCUCUCCCGAUCUGCUCUGAGCUCAGUGUUUUUGGAGCAUCAAUGUCAGGUGCAUGCACUGGCUUUCUUUUCCACAACAGAUAUAGAGCCUCAAUAGUUAUGAGCCGGGUUGGUUCUUUUGCACUCGGAGGAGCAGUUGCCGCAAUCGCAGCAUGCAGUGGAAUGUUUCUUCCAAUGCUAAUUGCAUGCAGUCUCUUCUUUAUCGAGCUACUGUUUGCAAUAUUGCAGGUUCCUUUUCGUGUGGCUAUAAAUUCUUUCCGUGGAACAAACAUGCAUCCACUGCAAAUUCGCCCAUCGCAUUACUACCUCAGAUUGUGGGGCAUAAAGGAACCUUACAUUGUGGCGGGUGCAUACAUGAUAUCAUGCUUCUUAACUCUGCUGGCAGGAUACCUUGGGCUUGUUUCAGCGUAGAUGAAGGCUCAGUUGUCAUUCUUUCAUUGUUUACUGCUUCAGGUGUGUGAUAUAAUAUAUGUUCGGUAGCUUUUUUUUCUUUAAUUUUUGCCAAGGCUGCCGUUCAGUGAUAUUACUGAAUAAACUGAUGUAGAGGAGAAUUUUUUUUUUCACUACCACGCCCGAAUUUCGUUACUUUUUUUUUGAGAGCCCUAAACUAAAGUACAAGUUGUAGUAUCUGAACUUACAAGUAGACACACACCACACACCCACUCACACCACAUGCAACACCCCCUACAAGUAAGCUAAGAACUACUACAACCUAUCCUCCAAAGAUGCCUGCUCAUGUGCCGAAGCACGGUCGGAAGAGGGCCACCUGAGAAACUGGGGAAAUACCCCAGUGAGCACCGCACGCUCGAGCUGCUGGCUCGAACGCGGGCGGGCUGGCUUCCGCACCUGGGAGCCAACCACCCGAGCUAACGCUCGGUCUCCCGAAUUUCGUUACUUAAGAUGUAGAGGAGAAUUGUAGAGUGAAGCUUGUAGGGUUCCUUAGAAAGGGACCCUGCAUUAUACUGCAUGGAUUCCUGAUGUAUCGUCUGCCUUAACUUUUCUCUUUUUUAUUUUUUCUGGCAAAGGAACAAAAUGUAACUUGUCUGUGACUGUGAGCUUAAUUAAUGUUAUCACAGAUGGUAUUAAUGCAGAAAAUUCUUUUGUCU